AUGCGGGAGGAGGCGGGGAGGACGCAGGAGCGGCCCCGGGGAGGAUCCCGGAGGGUCCGGGAGGUUCCCGGAGGAUCCGAACCGGGCCAGGAGGGUCCGAACCGGACCGGGAGGUCCCCCGGCGCCGUGGCCACCCCGGGCUCCCUGGACCUGCUGGACCUCGUGGGCAACUUGUCCUGGUCCUACUACGACAGCGACAGCGACGGCGACAACGCCAGCGCUGUCACCUACCCGGACUACGACGACGCCACCCCGUGCCACAACCCCUUCUGUCCCCUCUUCCAGCGCGYGGCCCCGCCUUUCCUGGCGGCCACCAGCGCCGCGGCCGCGCUAGCCACGGGCUCGUUGCUGGUAGCCCUGACCAAGCGCCCCCGAGGCUGGCGGUGGCCACAGAACCGCGCCUUGGUGGCCCAGCUAGCCUUGAGCUGGGCGCUGUUCGCCGCGCUGCUGCCACCGCUGGCCUCGGGGGUGGCCCGCGGGUGGCACUUGGGGACAGCUCCGUGUCGCCUGACGCACCUGGCGUGGCACUGGAGCGUCUUUUCGCAGGCGCUGCUGGUGGCCAGCGGCUCGUUCAGCUCGGUGUGGGCUAGCUGGGACCCUCGAAGUCGCCGCUGGGCUGUGGCCCUGUGGGCGACCGCGCUGUUUUUGGCCACUCCGGCCGCGCUGGUCAGCGGAGUGGCCGCGGGCAGCGGUUGUGUCCGGAGAGCUGUGGCCAUCCURAGCCCGGUUUAUCUGCUGCACCUCGCCCUGUGCGUCCUUCUGCUGCUGCUGCUGCCCGCUGGGCUAGUGCUAGCCACGCUGGCCGGUGUCCGGGCGGGCCGGAGGGCCGGAGCCGGGCUCUGCUGGGCUUUCUCCGCGCUCUGGGCGCCCUUCGGAGCGGGGCUGGCGGCGGAGCUGCUGCUGCAGGCGGGGCUGCUGGAGCAGAGCUGCGGCUCCUUCGAGCGCUUCGACCUCAUCGUGGGGCUGA